GGUCAGCAGGCCCUCCAUGUCCGUUAUGUUUCCGUCAGAGACACAGAGCGGGACUCAGAGAGAGCAGAGUCCCCAAUAAGUUUUAAAAACACCCCGAGAUACCGGAGCCUCUUCAGGAUCUGACCCGAGAGAAGGGCUGUUUCCCGGACCAGAGAGAGACUUUAACCCGGGACACAUGGAGGCUAAAGAGGGGAAGAAGGGCCGCCUGCUGCUGGGCUCGCAGCUGGACGCUAAAGACGAGCUGGAGGAGAGGCUGGAGCGAUGUGUCGGGAUCGUACAGGCGCUGACCAAUGGGCUGUCAGAGAGAGAGGCCAACGACGCACUCACCGCCAACGUGUGUAAAGGCCAGCAGCAGCAUGAGGAGGUCUGUCUGGGUCUCUUCUCUCUGCUGCUCACAGAACCAGCCCAGGCCCAGAGGUGCUACAGAGACCUGACGCUGCUCAGCAGAGACGGGAUGAACAUCAUCCUGCUGAAGAUCAACCAGAUCCUGAUGGAGAAGUUCCUGAAGCUGCAGGACACCCCCCGAACCCAGCUGGUGUGGCUGGUGAAGGAGCUGGUGAAGAGUGGAGUAGUUGGAGCAGACGGAGUUUUGAUGACUCUGCUCAAACAGAUCGCAGGUGGAGAUAUUUCCUCCAAAAACCUCUGGCUGUCGGAGAACGUCCUGGAGAUCCUGCUGGACCAAAAGGAGUUUGUUCUGAAGAACGGGAUGUUGAUAGCCAUGUCGGUCUACACUUAUCUCCGCCUCAUCGUGGACCACGGAGCACCAAACCUGCUGAUCCUGCGUCAGAAGGAGGUUGACUACUGCAUCAGCAUGCUGAGAGACAAGUUCGCAGAGUGUCAGAUCAUCGGCAGGGAUCUGGUGCGUUUGCUGCAGAACGUUGCCCGGAUCCCAGAGGUGGAGCUGGUGUGGAAAGACCUGCUGCACAACCCUCAAGUCCUGAGUCCUCAGUUCACCGGUGUGCUCCAGCUGCUGACUGCUCGCACUUCCAGGAAGUUUCUGGCGUGUCGUCUCACUCCAGACAUGGAGACCAAGCUGCUGUUCAUGACCUCCAGGGUGCGUUUUGGACAACAGAAGCGGUAUCAGGACUGGUUUCAGAGACAGUACCUGUCCACAGCAGAGAGCCAGUCCCUGCGCUGCGAUCUGAUUCGCUACAUCUGCGGAGUCGUCCAUCCGUCCAAUGAGGUGCUGAGCUCCGACAUCCUGCCGCGCUGGGCCAUCAUUGGCUGGUUGCUGACCACUUGCACGUCGAACGUCGCUGCCUCAAAUGCCAAGCUGGCUCUCUUCUAUGAUUGGCUGUUCUUCAAUCCUGAGAAAGACAGCAUCAUGAACAUAGAACCGGCCAUCCUGGUGAUGCAUCACUCCAUGAAGCCUCAUCCUGCCAUCACCGCCACGCUGCUGGACUUCAUGUGCAGGAUCAUCCCACACUUCUUCCCUCCGCUGGAAACUCAGGUCCGUCAGGGCGUCUUCAACUCGCUCACAUUCAUCAUGGAGAAGAGAGUGCUGGCUCACCUCGCUCCGCUGUUUGAUAACCCAAAGCUGGACCGGGAGCUGCGAUCGAUGCUCAGAGAGAGAUUCCCCGAGUUCUGCAGCUCGCCCUCACCCCCCACUGAAG